AUGAAAAUGCUUCCAUGUAAAGUUUGCAACAGAAAGUAUCAUAGAAGUUGUGUGAAAAACUGGGCUGAGAAUAGAGGUUCUUUCAUGCCUAAUGAACUUGUGGGAUUUUUUUAGUAGACAAUGUUAGUCUUCUAAAUUAAAGUUGUUUUGGCAGAUCUAUUUCAUUGGAGUUCUUGGGUUUGUCCUCACUGUCGAACUUGCGAGGUUAGUUGUUUUUCAUGCUUUUGGGAACUUUUUACUCUAACUUAUAAGCACGGGAUGAAACUUCGAAAUUUUCUCUAUUGUAGAUAGCAAAAAGAAAGAUGCAGGAUCUGCCUUUUCUUUUAAUUUAGUGAUAACUAUCCAUCGUGUCUUCAACAACUUUUCUCUAUUGUGGCCGAGACUUUGGGUAAGAAGUCUGUUGUUUUAUGAUAGGCGGGGGGCUGACUAAUCACGGGUUGUCAGGUUGCUCCUUUCUCAUUAUCAUAAUUCUACAUACAAUAGUUUGUUUGUAUGUACAUGCAUGGAUAUGCUUUGGGAUUUAUCAUUGAUUUGAGGUGUACUUAUUAUAAUGUUAGUCAAUUGUGGACUAACAUGUUCAGUAGUCAAAAAUAGUGUAUGAUACUAUCUAAGCUAACACAGAGUGAAAAUUCUCACUGCAGUCCAUCGGACUACACAGAAUGAAAUGGGCCAACAACUGUUUUCCUAUUGGGUUGAUAGUAUGGUUUAAAUCAGGGGAAAUCUAUGUAUGAGUAAAUGCUUCAAAUUUUAGGUACCAAUCAUUCCAAGCGUAUUUCUUGGAGAUUUUCGCCACCUUGUGGUAUGAAAACGAAAAAUCCAUCAAGCUCCACUAAUCCAACUUUCAUAUGCUUUAUCAAUCGACAAUUCUUAGGAAGAUUUUGGUUGAGGUUGGCUACAUUUCACGGAAGUGUGAUAUUUUUUCCAAGAGGGAUCUGAUGAUACAUGGUGAACAUUUUAAUUUCAUUCUUAGUGAAUUAUCUUAACCUCUAUGGGGAUCGUAGAGAGAAAUCUGUCACAGCUCAUGUCGUCACUUGCUUUCAAUUCAUUUGACACUUCCCAAAUUGAACGCUGAAUUAGUGCUAUGCAUAUUUCGCUACUGUGUCUUCGGAUUGUUCUUUCGUUGUGACUUCUUGUGCCGAUACGAAAUGAUAUCUUGCAUCGAGGAUGAAAGAACCAAGUCAUCUACUUUGGUAGAGAACUCUUCCAGGCUUAAACGACCACCAAACACCAAAAAAGUAACAAUUGAUAGUUUCCUCUUGACAACGUGUGUUUAGAUACUGAAUAGAAGGAAAUUGACCUGUGCAUGUGUGCAGGCAGAUGUUUGCUACUCUGCAUUUUGGGCAUUUUGCCCAUUUGAUUUCAAUCAGCAGCUUCUACAAUGGUGACUACAUAACAGGGAGGAAGAUAAAAAUCUUGAAAAUCAUCAUGGUUUGCUAAACUAGAAAUCUUUUAUGGGAAUUCUCAUUUACCAGAGAAUUCCUGCCUAGGGUUGAGUGUGAAGUUGACUGAAUGCUGUGCCCAUAGAAUUACGGCAUACUUACAUGGUUACUCUUAAUUUUGACAUGAUGUACACUCAUUCCAGGUUUGUAGAAAAGCUGGUGAUCCCAGUAAGUUUAUGUACUGCAAACGAUGUGAUGCUGCUUAUCAUUGCUAUUGCCAGCAACCUCCUCACAAGGUAGGCCCUUUUGUCCUUAUUUUCAAAAUAGUCACAUAUUUAUAAUGUCGUUUAUACACUGUAGAAUGUCAGUCGCGGACCUUAUUUGUGCCCAAAGCAUACCAAAUGCCAUAGCUGUGGAUCUUCUGUCCCUGGCAGUGGGCCUAGUACAAGGUAUACGCUGUUAAGCUUAAAAAGUCGCAUACCUAUAAAAUUUGUGAUGCCCUUUCUUUUUUCUUAGUUCUCAUUUCUGGGUCAGUUACUGCACGUGUAUAAGUUUCCCUGAAUUGAAUAUCAGAUUGUAAGUUAAUGUGAAAAUUAAAAAUAACUGUUUUUUGGUAAUAAAUCUGCCUGGCUGAUGGAUGCAGGUGGUUCUUGUCUUACACUUGUUGCGAUGCAUGCGGGAGAUUAUUUGUCAAGGGAAACUAUUGCCCUGUUUGUUUAAAGGUACAUCUCAGUGUUUAAUGAAAUUUUAGGGGGAUUAUUGUAACCCAGGAAAGUUUCAAGGUUCUAGCAAUAAAAAAGGAGUUGGAGUUCAGCAUAUAUGAUUUUCCACAUCAUGCUACAUCAUUUUUGUUAAAAGACAUUUGUUGAAACCAUAUUGAAAAGUCGGGGAUUGUAUUAACUGUUGCAAAUAUAGAAGAUUCAUAGACAAGGACGAAAUUCAAGCUCAAAAUGUUAAAGGCAAGGGUGUUUUUCUUUUAGUUUUUUUUUCUAAAUAGUCUUAUGCUAGCUCUUUAGAUUGUUUGACAUUCAUGUGGAAAGUUAUGUCCUAUUGUGUUUUGUAGAGUUUGCUUCAUUUUUUUUUUGGCCCUUUGAAUGCUGAGGGACGCCUCUUGAACUUUUAGGUUUACAGAGAUUCUGAAUCAACACCAAUGGUCUGCUGUGACAUUUGUCAGCGGUGGGUGCACUGUUCAUGUGAUGGAAUCAGGUGUGUCCUUGUGAUAAUGCAAUUAAAUGGUACAUAAAUAUGUGAUGUAUUGAUCAACUUUUCCUUGGGAAGACAUUUUUUCUGAAAGAAAAGUUGACAGAAAAUAGAGGGCAGUAGCUACGAUUGAUCUUUCGUUGUAGUUGGUGUUGUAAUAUUUUUGCACGUAAAUGGCCUCGUUUGCUUAAAAUGUCUCCUUGUCAUCCUACGGGCUGGACAAUGGUGGCACUUAAAUGUGUUGUCACGCCCAUGACUACACUAUUACUUAGUUAUCUGUGAUACCAUCAGAAUCAUGCUCCACACCCUAUGCUUACAUUUCAAUGGAUGUAAUCGUUGUCAGAAAGGUCUCAUUAAUCUUUACUAACUUAUAGCAUCUUUGUUUAGCACGUUGUUUUUUCAUGUCCUUCUUUAUCGGUCUUUUUGGAUUUUCCUGUUCUUCUCCUUUCUAAAUCCUUACUAAGUCACGACGAUGCAUUUAGUGGGUCUUGAUUUAUGCCAUUAUGCUUCACCGUGUUGUUGGUCCUGAACCUUGACGAAGGAGAGAAGUUAAUAUCAAGAAGGUCAUCUGUAUUAAAAAUCGGCAGAUUUUCUUAUCUUAGAACAAAAUCUUAUUUGACAUUCUAAUGGAAACAUUAUGAAAUCCUUAAAAGUUUUGUUGUUGAGAGCACCCUGACUUCUGCAUUGAAAAUCUGGUUAUAAAUAUGAAAUUAAUUAUCUGGUGAUUUGGUUUGUCAAGGUUCUGCGUGCAUGUACACUGAUUUUGAAUUCUUGAGCGGAUAUGUUCCCACCUAUAACUCUGUUAAUAAUUGGUGCCAUAAUGGGCUUGUGUUACAAUCUUGUCCUUACUUUAAUUGUUAGCUGCUUUACUCAGUUUAGAUGUGAAAACAAUCAUUGAACUUUUGACUUUCCCUUGCGAACUUUCAUUUGUGUAUCAUCUGAAGUAGGCUACUAGCAAUGCCUAGAAAUUUCAAAUUUCAAAUUGAUUCUUUCCUAUAAAGCGUUUUCAGAACUAUCUUGUACUUUAGUGUUUGAGGAUAUGUUUUAUUCAAACUUAAAAAUCAUUGGCUUCUUAACUAUAUCAUUUUCUACAGCGAUGAAAAAUAUCAGCAGUUCCAAACUGACGGUAACCUUCACUACAAAUGUGCUGCAUGCCGUGGGGAUUGUUACCAGGUUUGUUCGGGAUUAUUUACUUUUAAUUGGGAAAUCUUGUGAUAAAACUGUUAUAUAUGAGCACAUAUUUUUUCGACCAGGUCAAGGACAUUGACGAUGCUAUUCAAGAGCUCUGGAAGAGAAGAGAUAAAAGUGAUAAGGAUCUAAUUGCCAGCUUGAGGGUCGCUGCAGGAUUGCCUUAUCAAGAAGAUAUAUUCUCCAUCUCUCCUUUUUCUGAUGAUGAAGAAAGUAGCCAGAUGGUAAUGAAAAGUAAUAAUGGAAGGUCGUUGAAAUUUUCUGUCAAAGGUUUGUCUGAGAAAGCAGUAGAUACUGCUAAAGAAUAUGGAAAGAAAACUCCCAGGAGCUCAUCAUCCAGUAAGAAACAUGCAAAAAAGAAAGGCUCCCAAGUAAAGAUUGUCAAUAAAUCUGAGGAGAAAUACCAAGAUUUUGAGAGACAGGAUGAGGUGAGAUCAGUAGAGGGCAGUUCUGUAGAUGAGAAGAACGGUGACACAAAGCCAUUUGGGAUCAGAGGACAAGAAAAUCUCCCCCUUCAUCUCACCAUUAGUUUGGGGCACAAAAAAGAAAAAUCCCCUGUGAAUGAGCACGAAAAAGAAAGUCAUAGAAUUAGGAAGGAUUCAGUGGCAAGCAGUCUUGAUAAGGUUCCCAAGGUUGAAAUUAAGACUAGUAAAUCUCAUGGUACCACAGAACGUUCUGGAAAACUCGAGAACAAGAGUGAACCCGUGAAGGGGCCUAAAUUAGUCAUACAUUUUGGUUCAAGAAGCAAGAAUAUCUCUAGCUCCCCAACAUCCGAGGCUUCUAGUUGCCAUAGACAGCAUGAUUUGGUAGCCUCCAACGGUAAGCCCUGACUCCAUAUGUCCUUCUAUUUGCAAAUUUUAACCUGAUCUUUCGAUUUUGAGUGGUAAAUCCAUUUUCAGGAAUCGACAUCUGUGCCAUACGUUUGAAACUUGAAUGUGCAUCAUUUCAGUCCUGAAUCUUAACUUGAGUAGUGUACUUCCCACAACUGGAGCGAUUGAUAGUUACUAUUUCAGCAAAUUGCUGGCAUCUUUUGACCUUAUUAGAAACAGUGUAACAUGCUGCGCGCUCCAUUGACUUAUCCUAGUCCUGGCUCAACAGAUGAUGUCCAUUUUAUUCAAUUCUGGGCGUUUAGACAUUUAAUUAUAUUUAAUAAUAUGAUAAUCUCUUUUUUUAGUAGAUCUGCAUAUCCUCUACCAAGUCAGUAGUCUUAUCCCAGCUCAGUUUGGUUCUAGUGUGGCUUAUCCCUGAAUCAAAAUCCAUUAUUAAUUAUAGCUCACUGUUGAAGUUGGCUCUAUAAGGCUUCAUGCUGACAGAUCUAUCUCUGCUAUCGUCGACACAGGUAGUGAGGCUUCAAGCCAAAGGAAGAUAACUGAUACCGAGAACAAUGUGCUUGAGCCGAAAGAUGGAGCCACUCGAUUGGUGGAAGGAAAAGGUGCCUUGUUAUCUCAUUUUCAACCAUCUCUCUGCUGCUAAUGUCUUCUCAUGUGACUUGAUCCAGUUCCCUUACUAUUUUCAACCAUUUCUCCGGACUCUCAUCUCUUCCAGGGAGUAAACAUGACCGUGUAAAUGAGUCAAAGCAUUCAAAGCACAGGGAGAGGGAAGUGACAUUGAAGAAACACGGAAAGGACUCUGAGAUGACGCACGCCAAUGUGAGCAGAGGCACCGUUUCUGAGGGACAUGAGACUGCUUUGACGGAUAGGCAUAUUGUACUCCGGAGACGAGGUAGUGAGGGAAGCAAUUCAGUGAGGAAGGCAGCUGAGUCUACGCCAGGGAAUGACGCAGUCGCUCCACCGGCAGACCCCAGCGUUGCCUCUGAUGGCUCACGAGGAGACUCUCGGGAUCCAACUCCUCCCCCCGCUGUUGCCGACCCCUCCAAAGACUCCAAGCCUUUGCUGAAGCUGAAGUUCAAGAACCUGUACUCUGAAAACAGAAGCUCCUGGGUUUCCCAGGGAGAAGAGAACCACUCCGUCAAGAAGCAGAGGUCGAAGAGAAUGAGGCCGUCUCCUCUGAUGGAAAAGUCGGGUUCUCAGGAAGAUGAGCCAAGCAAGGAUUCCGUUCAAGAGAAUAUGUCGGAGGAGGUUAUGGAUGCAAACUGGAUACUGCAGAAGCUGGGCAAGGGGGCAAUAGGGAAGAGAGUCGAAGUCCAACAAUCCGGCGGUUCCUGGUGAGUCCCUUUUUUUUUUUUCCAUAUGCUCUAUCGAGGCUGUUUACUUCAUUGCAGUACUUCAUCUUUUUCUCCUUCUUCUUCAAGACAAGCAGAAGCAAUCGCCCAAUCGCCCAAUCGCCCAAUCUUCUAAACUCUCUCUCUCCCCUCUUGCUCUGCUGCAGGCACAAGGGAGUGGUAUCAGACGUGAUCGAAGGAACCUCAUCGUUACUGGUCCGCCUGGAUGACGGAGGGACGAAGACACUGGAGCUGGGGAAGCACGGCAUCCGAUUUAUCUCUCAGAAGCACAAAAGAACGCGGUUGUGA